GGUCCGUUUGGUGUCAAGUGAAUACGCCCCUGUGUAGUUUUGUAACACAGCGAUAAUGCAUUUACGCAAGUUCUAUAUCGAAAUGAUUAUGCGCAUUCUGGUGUUCAUACAUGCAGCAGAAACUACACCUUCAAAAGGGUGAGGAUCAUUCUACAAUUUUUCAUUCAUACGUAACACCACCAGUCUCUUGCCGAGAUGACCCAGGUGCGAAGGUCGGUGGGAGAGGCGCUGUGGGGAAUGUGUGCCGCCGACGCCAUGUCCAUGCCCGUGCACUGGUACUACAACAUCGAUGACAUCAAGAGAGAUUUUGGAGGAUAGAUCACCGGCUUCAAUGCACCCAACAACAGACACCCGUCCAGCAUCCUCACCCUCUCCAACUCAGCGGGGAGCGGUCGCACUGCAUGGUCCUCUGGUGGGAACAGGCCCCAUGUUGUGGGUAGCGUAAUCCUCCAUAACAAGCUCAAGUUCUGGAAGGCAUCAGGCGGAUCGGUCCACUAUCACCAAGGUCUCCAAGCAGGUGAGAAUACCCUGAAUGCCAUCUGCUCCCUGAGGGUGGCACAGGCCCUGACAAGGGGGAAGUUUUCCAGCGUGGCAGAACCAGCGGCGAGGGGGGCAGUGCUGGCUGAUUACGUACACUUCAUGACCACGCCAGGAACACAUGGAGACACCUAUGCAGAGUCCUUCCACAGAGCAUUCUUCUCCGACUGGCAAGACCCCAGACCCACUUCCUCCAGCAAGGUGUUGGAGUUUGCAGAGCAGCGCUACCAGCAGAAGAUGUCAGUCCCCGACAGCCAGCUAGACGCUAUUGGCUGCCUCCCCAUGGCCAUCCCCUUUGUGCUUCUCUCUGCCACAGCCAAUGAGGACCAAGCUGUGUCUGCAGCGGUAGAGUUUGUCCGGCUCACCCACCCCCACCCCAAGGUGGAGAAAUAUGUGACGCUGUAUGCCCGAGCCCUCCAUGCCACUCUGAAUGGGGCAUGUCUGAAGCAGCAAGCGGAGGCCGCCCUCAAGUCACCCGACCUGGACGCAUGGGACACUUGCAAGCCCUACAUACAGAAAGCAGCCAGGUUUCCAACCUCUUCUGCAGAGGGGCUCAAGGUUCACCAGAGUGCAGUGGAAAUGCUUGGCAUGGCCUGCUACACCCAAGGUGCCCUCAGUAGUAUGUUCUACCUAGCACACGAGUUUCACAGCGACCAUCAUGGAGGGAUCCUGGCAAACACCAAUUGUGGCGGAGAGAACUGCAACAGGGGUUCUGCUUUGGGGGCUCUGCUGGGUGCGAGGGCAGGGUACACGGGUGGAUCUGUACCCCAGGAGUGGAAAGAUGGAUUGAGGAACGCACAGGAACCCAUCCAUGAAAUACUAAAGAUGCUCAGAGACUGACCCCUAUAGGAUUUAAAGCGUGCAUCAGAGCACUGACACACAUAUCUUACCUCCGUUUGGUUGGUGUAACUCAAAACAACAUCUGUGUACAUAUGUUUGUUGAUUUUGAGCCUUAUAUUGGCCUUGGUAUGAUUUUGAGCCUUAUAUUGGCCUUGGUAUUCACAUGCUGGUCGUUGUAUGCACAAAAAGGUAUCUUACAAUGAAAAAGAUUACUAUGCACAAAUAAUUACCUUGUGUAAAAGUGCUUAUUUUCCCAAUUUUACACUUAACCUUUUUAAAGUACAUUUGAUCAUACACAUUGAUUGCAGAAGCAGGUAGACAGUAGCCUGCAACAUUUCUACAUUCCUUGUUUCCAAGUUACGCGAAGGGAAACAUUGUGAUUUGAUUAUGGCAGUUCAGUAACUUAUUUUAUCAGUCUUAUUUUCAUUUGGAUAGAACCUAAUGAAGUUAUUUGAAAGGUAAUAUGCCCUGCCACAUUGUGUUUUAAAGUUGAAUAAAAGCAUUUAUGCUGGUCGAUUAUGCGCACAUACAAUAGUAUACACUGUUACACUCUCUAAUUAUGCACUGUGAUUAAGGUGUGAAAACCUUCAUUAUCUAACAUCUACAGUACAUGCUGCUUUUCACGUGGAUCAUGUUUAUUAUAUAUAUUUUUCUAUCCUUCAAGACCAAUAAAUGGUGUCUCAUUACCAAAUCUAA